AUGUGCGCGGCGACGCUCGCCGCCCGAUACUCUACAUACAUAAUGUCUGAACUUAAUACUAGCACAGUUGCAAGAUUAUUCAACUAUGAUCAGGUAAACAAUUUACUAGGAAAAAUAGAAAUCAAUCAGCGAAAAUACAAUAAAUCGAAAUCAAAAGGUCAAUUUACUGCUUCACCUACCAAAACUGCAGAAAAUGUACUAGAAACAAUAACACACCAAGAAGAAGUUAUCAAAACAAAUAAAGAGAUUUUAGAACAACUGUAUGCAGAUAUUGCCGAAUUAGAAGGACGUAAGAAAGUAAUAAAAACAGAAAUGAGUAAUUUGGAUAAAGAUAGUGAGUCAAGCAAAGAUCCCUUGUCUGAAAUAAAUACUAUGGCCCAAUUAGAAAAUGAAAUAACUAUGAAGAACAGGCACAUCAGAAAAUUACUAAGUGACGUAAAAGUAUUAGACGAAGAAAAUAUGAAACUUAAAGCAAAAGUGUCGGUAUUAAAAGACAAAUUAACAGAAGCUACAAAACUUAUUGAGAAUUUAACUGAACAAUUAUUCACAUUAAAUAACGAGAGCACUCAAUUGAAAGAAAUUCUUGGUCAAUUUGAAGAAGCGAAAGCACAUCUUUCCAGCGAAGUAGAGUCUUUUAAGAAGAAAUUAUUUGAAAAAGACAGUAAUAAAGAUAAAAUAUAUGAAGAAAUUAAGUCUAAAGCUCAACAUUGGAGGAAUAUCGCACGAUCAAAGAAAGCCGAAUUAGAAGCUUUAUCUAACGAGAAUAUGAAAUUAAAAGGUCUAAUAAUUCGUGUUUCAAAACCAUCAUCGCCACGACAAGAGCCUCCUGAAAUAAAUAUGGACGAAGAGUAUGCAAAAGAGCUUAAAAUUAAAGAACUACAAGAGAAACUCUUAGAGGCAUCAAAGGAAAUAAUUCAUUCCGCUAAUGCAAUUGAUUUGUUGAGAAAAGAAAAUAAGGAUCUUAAAUUGACAAUUGAAGAAAUUCCUGAAUCGUUCUCAGAAUUUAAAAAUGAAAGUGAUGAUAGAAAAGAACGGAUUAUGAUAAAUAAAUUAAGAAAGAAAAAUAAGAGUUUAACAGUUUGUCUACAAGAAGCUGAAGAACUGUUGUCUGUUAGAGAAAAUGAGCUUGCAGAAAUAACAUCACAACUACAAACUGUUCAAUCUAAUGAAACCAUUAAAAAUUUACUACAAGAAAUGAAAAAUAAAAAACAGCAGUUGAAAUUUAAAGACGAUGGCAUAAAAUGUCUAGUGCAAGAUGUUAAUAGUAUUAAUCAAUUAGUAGACAAUUUGCAACUCGAAAAUGAAGCAUUGAGGGAAAAGUUAAAUAUUUCUAAGGAUGAAAAAAUUCCAGUAAAAGGAGUUUUAAAAAAAUAUCACAGAAUGGAAGAAAAUUACUAUGAAUUGGUGAAAGAAUCUAAAUAUAUGGAAAAUAAACUUAUUUCCUUUGAAAUUGACAAUCAUAACUUGAAGUCAAAAAUAUGUAAAUUAAUGAAAGUAUUGAAUAAUCUAGGAUAUGACGAUGACAAAAUUAAUAAUGUUUUUGAGGACGACAAUAUUGAAGCUAUUCCUGAUUCUAAGGCUAAAAUUGUGAUACAAAAGAAAAUAUGCGAUGAAAAUAUAAAUAUUAAUAAUCCCAUAAAUGAAGAAGAAAUGCAGGCGAUUGUUGAAGAAAAUGAAGGUUUAAGAAAAGGCUUGCAGGAUAUUUUAAUUUUUUUAAAAGAUAAUAGCACAACCACAUCAGGCAUUUUGAAAUUAGAAUGUCCCAGUCUAGAUGCUUUAUUACGGUCUAUGGAAGCCCGACACACAGCAGGGUGGUUUGCACCACAUAUGUCAACAGUUAUGGAGCUUAGAGCUGCUUUAGGUGGAAAAGACGCUUUACUUGCAGCCCUACAUCAAGCCAGAAAAGAAACUUACGAUGUAAUGGCUCAGUUAGAAAAAGAAACACAAAAAGCCAUCAAACUUGAAGAAAAAAUACAAGAAAUUGAGUCUAACAAAGAAGUAGUCGGUGACUUUUACCAUAAAAAUAAAUACAAAAAAGUUGAUGUUCUAGAUUUUGGAUCUUGGAUAUCUGAAAAUGAACAAAUAAAUAUUGACCUGUAUGAUAAGAAUCAGGUAGACACUUGUUUAUCCAAGGGAAAUAUGGUAUAUGAAGACCAAUUAAAAAAAGGAUUAAUUUAUUUUCAUAACAAGUUUAAAAUUAUUUUUGAUAAAAUGACAUCUAUUUCAAUACAAUUAAGCGAUGAUAUAAAUAAAUGGACAAUACAGGAAGAACAGUAUAAAACACAAAUAGAAAAUUUAAGAGCACAGCUGUCACAAAAAGAUGAUGAAGAUAUUAGUGAUGUUUCCCCUGGACUAAUAGAUUCCCCUAGUGUUAGCUAUUUGCAAAGAAAAUGUUCAUAUCUAGAAGAGUCAUACAAACACAUUAGAACCUUAAAUGAAAACAUGAAUAAUGAAAUUUUAGAAAACAAGAAAGAGUUUAUGAUUGCAUCAUCGGAUUUUGAAUAUCAGAUUCAACGCCUUAUACUCUCUGUUAUUAAACUUAUUGACAAACUUAGAUAUUCUAUACCAGUGGAGUUAUUUUGGCAGCAAAAUGUUAUCUUGAAUGAUAUUACAAUAAAAUAUCGAAGAGCAGUAGACAAAAGUGUUAGAGAAAAUAAUGAAACAGAAAAUCUUUCCAAACGCUUAGAAAGUAUUAGACAUGAAGUUCUCAAUACGUUCCGAGAGGAAUUGCCCCGAAUUAAAGACGAAAAAAAUAAAGAACAACAACUUUUAUCUCAUAUGGAACAAUCAAUUUUAGAAAAACAAUUACAUGAAAUAUGUAAUGAAAUAAAAAAUAAAAACCUAAUAAUAGAACAACUUGAAGUCCAAAGUGCAACAUUACAAGAAUCACAGACAAAACUAAUAGAUGACAAUUUAAGUUCUAUGACAAAAGAAGAAAUAAAUAUUAUGAGAGAUCAAUUACAAAAGGCAUCUGAUGAUAACGUACAUCUUAAGCAACAAUACCAACAUAUUGGAAGUAAAUUAGAUGUCACAAUAUUACAGUUACAAGAUAUGCAGCAUAAAUAUGUCGCCAAGGAUACGGAAAUUAAUAUGCUACGACAUCAAAUCCUCGAUUUGCAAUCCAGUGGAGACAACAAAGCGAUCCUUGCCAGGAUGAGUGGAGAAGUCUUAUUCGCACAUUUACAAGCUCUGGAAAGUAACAAAAAAGUAGAAAUAUUAACUACAGCUUUAAACAAGGAAAAACAAUUAAAGAUUGAAGCUGAAGAAAUGCUCACAGCACGUCAAAGGAUUUACGAUAUUUACUCAACCAAACAUGAAGCUAAAUUUAGGUACAUGUACGACGUAAUCCAAAUUCUACGGCAGCAAUAUCAAGGAAGUAUACCUUUAGCUUCUAUAGAAAACUAUCUUAAUAAUAUGGAAGAUUUAUCUCAUAAAACUUACGCUGUCAAUGAGAAACUUUCCGAAGUCGAAGAUCUUCAAUUAAAUUUAGUUGCUAAAUAUACGAUAUUUGAUCAAAUUCUGGACGUGUCUAAAAAUAAAUGUUUCGAACUACAAGACAGUUGUCCCCACAAAUUAAGAAUGAUAGUAUUGGAAGCGACCAAAUCCCGUGAAAUUGAUCACCUAAAUAAAAAAAAUAUAAUACUGGAGCAAUCUCGGGAAAAGUUAUUUAAACGAUGUAGUGAUCUUGAAAAAACCCUUGUGCUUUUAAAUCAAGGUUUUGAAAAAUCGAAUUUGUACGAUUCUAUAUUAAAACAAAAACUUAACGAAAAUGGCACCGUGUCUCAUAUAAAAGUAGAAGAUAUUCAUUCUGGUGAUGAAAAUUCAAGAAAAAGUCAAACUAUUACAUUACCUCAACCCAAGUUACUACAACCCUUAGAAGAAACUAUUAUUAAAAAAGAUAACAACUCACAAGAAUUUACCCCGAGUAAUUUCAAAGAUGCUUCUGUACCAACAAACAAUCAAAAACCGGCAGUUGUUCAUGUUUUUGUUCAAACUACUAGUAUGGAAGUACAUAAUAUAAGUAAAUUAGUACAAACAGAUGAAGAUGAAGUACUAACUAACCUAAACUAUCAAAUAAAUUGCCUUGAGAAAGAUAAAGAUAAAAAGAAUAAGGAAUUAUCAAAAGCUCUCUCCUUAGCACAUCAGAAAACAGAAGACUUACAAAAAUUAAAUAACCAAAAUAUAAAUUUAGAAUCUACAGUUAAAACUCUUAGAGAAACAAAUUUUCAAAAAGACAAACAAAUUCAAAAGUUACAUGUUGCACUUGAAGAUUUGCAGCAACAGUAUAAUAAAAACAAAAGUGUUAACAAUGCUGAGAUAAACAAAAUUAAAGAUAUCGCUAAUGAGGAUAAUAAAUCACUUUUAGUUACUCUCAAACAAUUAGAAAAUGAAAAAAGUAAUUUGAUAGUGGAAUAUAAAGAAUUGUUAAACAAUGAAAGAGAAGAGUAUUCUAAAUCAAUGAAUGCUAUGAAUAUAAGAAUAAUAGAAUUACAAUCGCAGUUAGACAGGAAAGCAAGUGACUCAAACGGUUCUAACACGGAAGCGCUCAAAGAAGUUGUAACAAAAUAUACAUCAAAAAUAAAUGAUCUAGAAGAUAAGUGUUUUAAACUUCAGAGCGAACUGGAUGGAUGUACAGGAGAAUUAUCUACUAAUAAUAGCGAACUGGAUCGUUGGAAACAACUAGCUUCUGAACGGCUUAUAAAAAUGGAGCAACUCAACUCUCAAUUAGAAAAGCGUCAUUGUCAUGAAGUAGAAUCAUAUAAAGCAGAAAAUCAACAUUGGCUAACACAACUUCAUGAAAUGCAACGAGAACACAUGGAAUUACGUACACGACUCACAGAACAGAAAGCGUUGCAUAUCAAACAAUUAGCAGAGAAGGAUUCGCAAAUCGAACAAUUGCGAAAUGUUGUACAUAAUCUGAGAGCACAAAUAUUGAACAUGCAGACUAUGAUUUCAAUAAAUGACCCAAGUUUCGAUCUAUCUGCGAUUGUGGAAGCGGAAGAACCCAGUGACAUCUUAUCCCAACAGGGCUCCGAUCGUUUGGAGAUCAAAUUUGAUUCUACAGUAGACUUACAUGAUUUACAAGACGACAUUGUGAGAAUGCCUGCCACAUCAACUGCUAUUUGGCAAGAGCCAUUAAUAGACAGAUUACGUCGAGAGAAACAAUUAACGGGUAAACAAAAUAUAAUACUUCGAAGACAAAUCAAGGCUCUCGCGGCUCGAGAGAAGCGUGCACGGCUCGACGCACAGAACUUAAAGAGUCAAAUUAUGAGAUUAAGUUCAACGGGUGGUAAAGCAGUUUCAGUUGAGACAGCAGCCCUACAUAACAAAAUAGCCGCUCUUCAAACACAGCUGACUAACGCUCGUAAAGACACGCAUUCUUCCAUCACCUUGUGGGAUAAAUGGAAAAGAGCGCAACAAGCAGCAGAUCGUUGGCAAUCUCGAUACGAAGAAAAGUUUCAAGAAGCUAAAAAAUUGGAAUCCAAUCUUAACAUGGCAAAAUCGAUGGUGAACAGAUUAGAAAGAGAGAAACGAGUAAUUCUUACUAGAUUAUCGGAAGUUAAGAAUGAAAGCUUGCUAGCUAUAGAGAAGCAAGAUGCAGAAAUGUUGGAGAAAUCUAUGAGAUCAAGCCACGUCUGUACAGGUAGCGCAGAAUCAGAAGCGGCUGAAGUAGAUGGGGCAACUCCAAGUGUAACUGCCCUAUUAGCACGCGUGCAAUCUCAACAACGCAGGAUUGUAGCACUCGAAGUCGCUGAAAAGGGGAAUGAGCUUCUUGUAGCUGAAUAUGAAAAGGCUUUAGCAGAAAUAACAUCACUCAAAGGGCAAGUUCUAAAAUUGGAGUCGACCUUGCUAGAGUCGCAGAUCCGUACUCCAAUCAAGUCGGUGAAUGAUCCUCAACCAGAACUAGAUUAUUGGAAGAGUUACUGUGACAUGCUGAAAGAGGAGAAUGUGCAGUUGACAUUGCGAGCGAAUGCGCUCGAAUCCACGCCGACCACUGCGAACCAAAACCGUGUCAGCGACCUUGAGCAGACUGUGUUGACGCUUAGAGGUCUAGUAAGCAAACUACAAGCUGAGCAAAAGUCUUCCACCACCUACAGACGUGUGGACUCACGGCCGAGUAGCGUACGCAGUACUACAGAUAAAAGCCGCUCUCAAUUGGACUCGCAUCGCACUGAAAUUGCAAAUUUAAAACGCAGUAUAUUGGACAAAGAUUUGCUGUUAGAAAGAUCUAAAGAAAUGCUAAAAAUAGCGGCUGAAAGGGAAGACGAAUUGCUAAGAGAGAAUUCAAUAUUACGACGACAAAUUGAAGAGCUUAGAAGACCUAAAGGAGGAUUUUUAUCAGCUUAAUAAAUAUAAGGAUAUCUUU